AUGGAUUUGAGGAGCAUGGGUUUGGAUUCAUCAAUGCAAGCGGUCCUCCAAGACAUGCUAGACAUGUACAAAGAGCCGGAGCCGGACGCCAAAUUAAGAACCUACGUGAGAGAUAGGAAAGCCAUGGUCGCAACCCAAGCGGACGUGAACGAGUACCCAAAUUCAUACGUGUUCUUAGUGGACAUGCCGGGGCUCAAGGCCGAUAAAAUCAAGGUCCACAUUGAGGAUGAGAACGUGCUGGUGGUGCAAGGGGAGAGGAAGAAGGACAUGAAAGAGUUGGUCAAGUAUCUGAAAAUGGAGAGGAGGAUUGGUAAGUUUCUCAAGAGCUUUGUGCUGCCGGCCAAUGCAAAUACUGAAGCCAUAUCAGCGGUUUAUAAGAAUGGUGAUCCAACCUGCAGCGAACAUGUGGAUCACAGUGUCUGCCUAGCUGUCAUUAUCUCGCCACGUGGAUCACAGGCGCUCUACCAGCCCUCCACGUUUCAGCCAUAA